CUGCUGCAGACAUAUGGCCCUCAAAACUGGAGCCUGAUUGCAAAGAGCCUGGGCAGCGGGCGCAAUGGCAAGAGCUGCCGGCUGCGCUGGUUCAACCAGCUGGACCCGUCGCUCAAGAAGGAGCCCUUCACUCCCGAGGAGGAGGAGAUGAUUGUGGCCAAGCACGCCGAGCUGGGCAACAAGUGGGCCCAGAUCGCCAAGUUCCUGCCGGGCCGCACCGACAAUGCCAUAAAAAACUACUGGAAU